AUGGCGGCGGCGGCGGCGGCGGGCACUGAGGCGCUCAACCUCUGGGACCAGAUUUGCGCAGAAUUUGAAGCAGAGCAACCGCUUCAUCCUGACCAAGAUGAAUGGAAACAGAAGCCUCUGCUGGAUAAGAAAGAGGAGCCUGCACUUACCCUUCAGGUUUCUCUGACUACUGACACGACACCUCCUUUGAAUGGGGAUCGGAGCAAAUCAGCCAGUACUGAUGAAUUGGUUCUUCAAAAAACCCCUUCUCUCCUUUCCCUGCCACUGGCUCCUGAGCUACCUGAUCUGAAAACAUGUUCUCCAAGGGAGUUCUUAGAAAGCUACAUCUUUCCAGAGCUUCUACCAGGGAUGGUGGAACUGUUACAUCAGGCUAAGAAGGAAAAAUGUUUUGAGAGAAAAAGAACAAGAUUCAUUGCCCUUGAUUUCCUCACUGAAUGGUUAUACAACCACAACCCAAAGAGGAAAGAUGAACCUUUUGUAGAGUUCUUCGAGAUCCCUUUUGUGAAGGAUUGGCUAAAGGAGCAUCCUAGGCCACCGAUCGCACUCUCUCUCAUUCUAACAGAGGAAGAAGCAGGCAACAUAAUUCAAUCAUUCUGGAGAGGCUAUCGGGUCCGCUGUGAGCCUGAAGUUCAAGAGCUACGCCAGUGGCAAAAACACCUGCGGGAGACCAAGAACAUUAAAAAACGGGUGCAGGAAUUCUGGGCCAAACAAGAAAAGAAAGUGGGUACCAAACUAGAAGACUCUGUGCAGCCCACCCCAAAUCGCUCAACAGUUUCGGUUGUGGAAAUUUCACAGAGGACAAAGGUGGAGGAGGAAGAGCAGCCACUUGAUCCAGCCACUGUGGCAGAGAAUCCCCCAUAGGGAUGUGCUGUUUUGUCCAGCAACCCCACUUUCUUCGGACUGGUUCCAUAGCUCCUGCCCUCUCCUGAUGGUUUAUGGAGCACAACUCCAGUGAAGCCAGUUCUACAUAUGAAAAUGAGAGUUAGACCAGGAAUGGGGAACUUGGGUCCCUCCCAGUGUUAUUGGGCUGCAGCUCCUUCGACACUGGCUGGACUGGGUAGAUGGGAACAGGGCUGAGCUGGAGCCAGAGGGCCAAGUGUUCCCCAAGGCGAUUUGGAAACUCUCUGCAAACCAUCUUCCCCAAAGCUGGUGGCUUCCUGAUGCAUGGGAUCGCUUCUCCCAGCGUGCCCCAGUCAGCUGCAGCUGACACCUCUGGAGGGCACCAAGUUGGGGAAGGCAGCUCCUCUGGGGGCUGCAAGGCAGACCACUGUGCCUGGCAGCCUGGAGGCUCCGUUCACAGUUCCCCCCUAGGCUGUGUGGCCCUUCGGUUCAACCUGGCCCCGGUCGCCCCCACUCCCCUGUGCAGUCCAAGUGCGUCACAUUAAAAAUACUCUGGGGGCAAGAGCAGGCAGUGAAUUGGGCAGGGGAAAAAGGUCACCUGCCACGGAGGCACUAAUUGGCCUGAUGGUGUUUCAAAAAAGAUGCGAAGACAGUUCAGGGAAAUCGGGCCCAGCCAAACGGUCUUUUCUGCAAGCAAACAAAGAAAAACAGCUGCACAGGAGUGGUGCUCCGCAGCCUUCUCUGGAAUGGGCUACCUGAGUGCGAAAACCCCUGAAGUGAAAUGGUCGGCUGUUGUCAGGAAGAUCACUCUGACAUUUGCUGCCACUUUAAUCUUGAUGGUCCCUGCUGUUAAUCCAUAAAAUUACACAGGAGUCAAAGAAAUUGCUCUGUCAAAACCAUUUGCCACAUAUUUAAAUAGAGUCAUUAGAAGCAGCAUUCAUAGUUUGUGGCUGACCUUUCGAACCACCUCCUCUGUUGUUGGGUUGUAAAGGAGAAUGCCCAGAUUUGAAACAUGUUGAAAAUGUCCCAUGGUUCUCCUAUGCCCCCUCCCCUGAAUCCAGUCCACCCCACCCUCACCUUGGCAGGAGCAGCUGGUGCAACCGGGGGGCCACAGCUGUGAGCCACAGAACACCCCAGCAGCUGUGCUUGGUGAGCUGGGCCCUGUCUCAUCCCCACAUGUUCAAAGCACACCUGGACCAUGCAUUCCCAACCAAAAUCAAAAUGACCACCACGUUGUAAGUAAAUAGUAAAGCCUUUAUUUUAUUUUUGUUUUGUUAAGAACAGGAUUUUGAAAAUAAAAUGUAUUUUUGCCCAUGCUUUACAACUUGGU